UCGUGAGCACAACUUGGUGGUGGCGGGGGUGGCCUGCAAAGGUGUCAUGGCUGCUGCCGUUGAGCUUACUCGCUCGAGCAGUGGUGACAGGAAUCUGGAGCGGAGCUGCAGCCCCAAUCUCUCCCAAGAGGUGCUCUGCGAAAUCUUUCGCUCUCUGCAUAGCCUGGUGGGACAACUUAACCUCAGAGAUGAUGUGGUGAAAAUUACAAUCGAUUGGAACAAGCUCCAGAGCCUCUCGGCAUUCCAGCCCGCUUUGCUCUUUAGUGCACUUGAGCAACAUGUUUUAUAUUUACAGCCUUUUUUAGCAAAACUUCAGCCUCUGAUUAAAGAGGAGAAUACAGCUGUUGUUGGAGAGAUAGAAAAAACAGAAACGGGGAACAAGAAUGAAGUAAAUGCCAAAUUUCCCAUUAGUGACCUACAGGAGGAAGAAAAGCACAAAGAUUGUGAUUUAGGAGAUGUGAAAAAGACACAGAUCCAUUUUGAUCCAGAAGUAGUUCAAAUAAAGGCUGGAAAAGCAGAAAUUGACAGACGAAUAUCUGCGUUUAUUGAAAGAAAGCAAGCUGAAAUCAAUGAAAACAACGUCAGGGAAUUUUGCAAUGUUAUUGAUUGUAAUCAAGAAAACAGUUGUGCAAGAACUGAUGCCAUUUUUACUCCUUACCCAGGAUUUAAAAGUCAUGUAAAAGUUUCUAGAGUCGUGAAUACAUAUGGACCACAGACUAGACCUGAAGGAAUUCAAGGGUCAGGUCAUAAACCUAACAGCUUGCUCCGAGAUUGUGGUAAUCAGGCUGUCGAAGAACGACUACAAAAUAUUGAGGCUCAUUUGCGAUUGCAGACAGGUGGUCCAGUGCCAAGAGACAUUUAUCAGAGAAUUAAAAAACUUGAGGAUAAAAUCCUUGAACUGGAAGGAAUCUCUCCCGAAUAUUUUCAAUCUGUAAGCUUUUCAAGGGUAGGACUUGUAUAAUUGGGAGUCUGUGCAGAGGUGAUAGUUAAACACAGAAUGGGUAAGAACAUUAAGACUAUCAGAGACAACUUGGUGACUGCCUAAUAACUUCAGCAGCCGGAAGCAUUACAAAUGUAAACAGAAUUGGUCUGGAUGUGUUAGGUUGCCAUUCCUGUGAUAAAACUAGUACUUUAAAAAAAUAUUUCCAAUUACACAAUUGGAACAAUAUACAUUUAAUUAGACAAUAUUAAACAAUAUACAUUUGAUUAGAAGGAUCACUUCUGGAUUAGUAUUGGAAAUGACAUGUCCAAGUUAAUAGUGAGCCACGAGGAGGCACAAAACACUGAAAGGGUUUAAACAUUCAGAUUAACUCUGUCCUCAAGGCCUAUGAAUAAAUAUGGCACAGGCCCAAAGGGAAGGAAGAUCUCAUACUCACUCACCCGUCCAUAAUAGAAUGCACGUGCCAUCUGCAGGAGCUGCAGUCCUUGCUGCAGUAGAUCCAGCACUAGGAAUGUCCAUGCACAUGAGACGAGUUAUACACAUACUCUGCGCAGGACAUAGCAUGUUAUUUAUCACUCUUAACCAUCCUCAUGCUGGGAGUACACGCAAGGCAAUUACAUAUUUUUACAUGUCUUUCAAAGGUGUACAGAAAAGACUACAUGUGCUAUGUAGUCUUCUAGCUUCUAAAGUUAGUAAGGGAAAUUUGAGCCCAUUAAGUUUCUUAAGGAUUGAAAUUUGUAGAAAAUUCUGAACUCUGAAAAGAUUUUAAAUGAAAUGUGUUUAAUUCAGAUUUACAUGUAGGUGAAUUCUAAACACAGGGAAGACUCAUAGUUGAACAGAGAUUCGUUAUCAUGGGUAAUAUUGAAGCACAGCAUAUGAGAAGGGAAAAGCUAACAGGAAAAAUAUAUAAAUUGUAUUUGGCUCACAGAACAAAGGUAGACUAUGUGAAGUUCUUUUCAGUUAUGAAACAGACAUAAAACUCCAAAAAAUGUAUAUUAAGCAGGAAUUAUAAAUGUAUAUAAAGCAGGAAUUAUAACAAAGAUUAGUAUUUUGUUGCACCUUUUAAUAUAAUAGUUCUAAGAUCUUUACUCUUCACAUUCAACAUGGAAAGAUCUGAAUGCGGUAAUGUUUUAAAAUUUUAAAGGACAUCACCUAAAUAAACCAUUUAGAACAUAGAAUCCUUAUGAGUAUUUCCAAAGAAUUACUUACUGAUUUUAUUAUAUUUUAUUUUUUUAAAGAUUUUAUUUAUUUAUUUGACAGAGAUAGAGACAGCCAGCGAGAGA